CAAGUUUAAUAAUCUUUUAAAAAUCAAAACUUAAAUUCACUCGUAUGAUUUUAUUGCCAAGGAGACGAGCAGCAGGAAGUGACGUUUACGCAGCGUCAGCCUGUUUCCGCUCUCUUUUCGUCGAGGCUCAGCUAGCGGCCGGCCUGCAAACAUGCAGAUCUUCGUGAAGACGUUGACGGGGAAGACCAUCACCCUUGAGGUUGAGCCCAGUGACACUAUCGAAAAUGUCAAGGCAAAGAUCCAGGACAAGGAAGGAAUUCCCCCUGAUCAACAGCGUCUGAUCUUCGCUGGCAAACAGCUUGAGGAUGGACGUACUCUGUCUGACUAUAACAUCCAGAAGGAAUCCACUCUGCAUCUGGUUCUGCGUCUGCGUGGUGGCAUCAUUGAGCCUUCUCUCAGACAGCUGGCCCAGAAAUACAACUGCGACAAGAUGAUCUGCCGCAAGUGCUAUGCCCGUCUUCACCCCCGUGCUGUCAACUGCCGUAAGAAGAAGUGUGGACACACCAACAAUCUUCGCCCCAAGAAGAAGCUGAAGUAGACAUUGCGACUGAAUCGGCUCUAUGCCAUUUUGUGGUAAAAUAAAUGUAAGAAAAUGAU